AUGUCCUCUCACCCUCCCGCCCAGACCCCUAUGUCGUCGGUCAGUCGGAAUCACAACUCCUUUCUAUCCAAAUUUCGCUCCCCCCUGGGCAACCGCAAUCGCAGCAUUACCGACUUCUAUAUCGACCCUGACGACCCAUGGCGCUCGUACUUCCCCGGAGACGUGAUCAAAGGCACGGUCCUCGUGACAGUCGUGCGGCCGGUUCGCAUCACGCAUAUAGUGGUUUGUCUGCAUGGAUAUGUGAAGGUGUUCAAGAACGCGAUCCCUGCGGGGGAAGCCCCUCCCGAUUUGGGAUUCCUUGGACCCGGGCGCGGCCGGCGAGGCGCUGAAUAUAUGGGCAACGGUCUGGCCACCUUGUUCGAGGACGAGGUCGUUCUCUGUGGCGACGGUCGUCUCAAAGAGGGCAUUUACAAAUUCCGCUUCGAGAUGGGGCUUCCGCCUUACGCCCUCCCCAGUAGUCUUAAUUUCGAACGAGGCACCAUUGCAUAUUCGUUAACAUCUACCCUGACCCGACCGACGACCAUGAACCCUACACUGACCUGCCGCCGGCGGGUCAAUUUCCUCGAAAAUAUUGAUAUCGCACCUUUCCCCGCCCCCAAAGCCCGCAUUGUCACUCUAGAACCGGUUUCCAAGCGAUCCAAAUCCAAGGCGAAAGCCAAAUCAACAACUUCCGACGCGACUGCUGCACCAGACACCGCCUCCAUAGAUACUCCAGUCAGUGGUGUGGCUGCAGCGGUGGAUCAUCGCCCGCCGCUGAGUCCCUCUCCGAGCAAUGUCAGUUCUUCUAGUCGGCCGAGCAACAGCAGUCAGAGCUUUCAGGUCGUCAGCGACCCAAGCUCCUCAACAAGCACGGGCGGCCGGACCAGCGAAGGUCGCAGCGCGACCCCCUCGAUCUCGGAUAAGACGAUCACCGCAAAGGCCGAGGUUUUGCGCGCAGGCGUGCUGCCGGGCGAUAGUUUGCCCAUCAAGGUUACGAUCAACCAUUCGAAGCAAGUGCGCAGCGCGCACGGGAUCGUCGUUACAUUCUACCGACAGGGCCGCAUCGAUCUGCAUCCAGCAAUCCCCAUCGGUUCCACCGCAGCUGGUAAAAAGCCGGUCUAUGAGGACUGUUAUCCACGCUCCCGAACGGGACUCGGGGGAUUGACUCUUGGCACCAGUCGCACCAGCAGCACAUUCCGCAAGGAUCUGUCGCAGACAUUUGCACCGCUAAUUGUGGACCCGAGCACCAUGACCGCAAUUGUCAAGACAUCCAUCCGUGUUCCAGAGGACGCAUUUCCCACCAUCACGCGUGUGCCUGGGGCAAUGAUCAAUUUCAGAUAUUAUGUCGAAGUCGUGGUUGACUUGCGGGGCAAAAUCACCUCUCCCGAUCGCUUCAUCCCCCGAUUCAACAUGGUUUCAGGCGGCAGCACCUUUUCGCCCAGCGGCCAGAUUCUUAACCCAGCCGAUGCGAAUGGGAGCGGCAUCACGACCAAUUGGGGAGGCAAUAUUCUGGAUACGGACCAAAUUCGCCGGGAGAAAGGUGUCGUUUCAGUAGCCUUUGAAGUAGUGGUUGGGACUCGCGAUACACAGCGUGGCCAAGCUACGAUUGAACGCAAACCAUCCACCACUACCAGCUCUUCGGCGUCUCAUACCACACCUCAAGCUUCCUCGACGAUGGUCAAUCCCGUAGACGGAGAGGAUUGGCCUGAAGCUAGCCCGAUGCCGAGCUCCCACAACGAAUACGGGGGGCAAGAAGACUAUGAUUAUGGGUUCCCCCAAGAGGGCCACUGGUCAGAGUAUCCCGAGGAUUACUCGCAACCGUUCCAGCCUACCGGCCCAAUGACGGCGCAUCCAGAAGUGGAAGAGCCCGUGGACGAGAAGACCCGGUUACGACGUCAUGAAGAAGCCCUCUUGCCUAGCCAGCCACCGGAGGAAGACGAGGCAGGCCCAUCCAAUGCUGAAGUGCCCGUGCCAACCGCGCCUGUCCUGCCCGAUGACCACCAUCUGCAGGACUACCAGCAUCUCCCGUCAACCGCCGUUGAUGGCGUACCGCACGCCGUGCGAUCUGCUGAAUCGCUGCAGACUGUGGUUGUGAACGGCCAUUCCCCAGGCCCCAGCGAGCCUUCGGCUCCGACAGACGAUAAACUGGAGCUGGAGCGCCAGCGACUCAUGCAACAGGCUAGUGCCCCAAGUGUCCCACACGAGGAGACAAAUGGCGAAGCCGGCGAGGGUCCAAGUGCUCCGACUGUCCCGACUGCGCCGAACUUCGACGAGGACGAUCAAUUGGUGGGCGGCACGGCGCAUGCGGACGAGUCUUUACCUCGAUACCAGCGAUGA